UGUAAAUGCCAGAACAGGGGGCUCUGGUUGGGUGAAGCUGCGCCGCUCAGCCUUUGGGCUAUGCAAAUGGCACCGCGCACUUCCUCCCCCAGCUGAGCGCUGGGGUUGGGCCAAGUGUGGUCUGCGGAGCGGCAGUGGUGCCGAACCCCCCUUCGAGAUGCAGACGUUGAGCUUUUUCUCCCAUUCAUCCCCUUCUUGAACGACACGCGCUCGACACAAUUGGGGACCACGUCCGGGAAACCAUCCGCCGCCGCCUUGCCGAAUCGACGACAACAGCAGCAGCAGCAGCAGACGUCCGCCGGACGAUGAUUCUCCGAGUUUGGAGCGACUAAGACCCGAGAGCCUUGAAGUGUGGUCGGAAGCAGCGAUGAGGAUAUCAAAGGGAAGGGGCUGGCUAGCCGCGGUGUCGCUGAUCCUGGGCACCGCGAACGGGGAUUAUGUUACCUUUACGACGGGGUUUGAGGACGGGGCGGUCCUCUCUCUCGAUAACACUACGACCGGUAGCCGGACCUUUGGCUGGACCGUCAAGACAGGAUUCAAGAUCAUUGUCAACGAGGUCAGGUUGAUGAGCUUUACCCCUGGGAUUCAGGGUGAGAGGGAGCUUGCCUCUGGGAAGAAUAGUCCGCCCAUACAGUUCAGCCAGUUUCAACAAUCGAGCAGGCUUGAGGUUUAUGCAAACGAAACCGGAGGCCAUGUGAAAUUCCUCAACGGCGACCUCUCAUGGUUUGACUUUAAACCGAGCGAAUCGCUCUUCUUUGAAGCGAAGUGGAACGACGGCUCCAGCUACAGCAGGGCAUUCAUCAUUCUCCCGGCCGGCGUGUUACCGGCUAACGCCAUCAUCUACACCAUUUCAAAGCCCCACAAGGCCGAAACGGGUGCGCCUCCUGUAACACCUACCGAGGAUGGCCAGGAACCUGGUAGCACGGGCAUCAUAGUUGAAGAGAGCUCAAGCAAUCCAACAACCCAGCCUGCCGACCCGAGCCCAAGCGGCGGGCUUGCUCAAGGCGCCGUCAUCGGCAUCGCCGUCGCUUGCAGCGCCAUAGGCCUGCUCCUCGUCUGCGGGCUUGUCUGGUACCUCCUCCGUCGGCGCCAGCAAAACAAGGCCAUGCACCCUGGCCCGGCGUACGGCUCGGGCAACCGCGCCGACGAGCUCAUGGCCGAGAAGGAGGCGGCCGCCGACGUCGACGUGUCCCCGCACUCGCCCUAUUCCGACGACGGAGCCCGGGGGGCCGGUCCCAGCGGCACGUACCAGAACGGCGCCGUCCACGGAGACUCGGUUGCUGCGGGCGCCGCCGCCGUCGAGGCCGCGGCGCAUCCCCGGUCCCUGCAGGAUGCACCACGGUCGUUCACGCCGUACUCGGACCGCCCGGGCGCUGCCGCCGCCGGAACACCCGGCGUCCGCGCCGCUUCUGUUGCUCCAACGGACGAGCCCCAGGUGAGCGUGCCCAGCGCAACGCCGGGGCGGGCGACACCGCGGGCACUGGCGACGCCGAUUGCGCACUUGGUGGAGGAGGGGAUGACGGAGGAGGAAAUUCGCAGGUUGGAAGAGGAGGAGCGACAGCUAGAUGCUGCUAUCGAACAAGCCGGGAGACGUUAAGUUGUCUUUUGAUGUUGUGGGCUAGGAGGUGUCUCGUGGUUAUCACUUUUUU